AUGCUCCACUCCCCCCUCUCUCUCGCUCUCCGUUUCCUCCACCCCCCUUCACCCGUUUCCGCAUUUCCUCUGCGCAGCUACCCACCCUCUCCUGCUCUCCGGACAGGCCUACUUGAAACGAAUAGUCUCCGCAGUUGUGCACGCAUCAUCGUCAUCAUCAUCAUCAUCAUCAUCACGAAUAUGAGGAAGGCGGAAUCUCGAUUUUCGCUCCACGCGACUUUGCUGCUGUUUGUUAUUCUCCUCCCCGCCACCUUGCUUCAUCAGACAGCUGCGAUGGUAAACGAACUGGAAUUUCAGAUAUAUGAGGAGGUGCCAAUCGGUACAACUAUUGCGGACCUUAAUCGAGCCCUCUGGAAAGACUCAAAACCAUCGGGCAAACUCUGGAAUAGGUUCAAAGUCAUCAAUUCAGAAGAUCCGACGUCCAGACUUGUCGAGGUAUCCGAAAACGGUAGACUAUUGGUUGCCCGCAGAAUUGAUCGAGAAGAAAUAUGCCCUUCCUAUGGACUGCCUCUUCUGCUUGGCGUAGACUCCUUCCCGGACGUGUCGAGGUCUCUGAACCCGUCUUCCGGCGAGGCUGCAAGGAGACUUAUGAUGACUGGUUCUAAAUCCAUGUUCGGCACUGGCGACGAGCAGUGCUCCUUCGUACUGAAGAUCGCUGUUACGCAACAACCGGAGACGACUGUUAGUGCAGCAACGGGUUCAACCCCCACAAUCGCCUCACUUUUUCCCAAUGGCCAAGAUGCUAUCCUUGAGAUCCGCAUUGUCGUCAUCGAUGUCAAUGACAAUGAACCCUUUUGGCCAAACAACCUGCAGAGCCACGUGAUUGAGUUUCGUGACGGUGAUCCGGCAGGAAAGCGCCAAAGUCUGCCAUUGGCCAUCGACCUUGAUCGGGACGAGAAUGCCCAAAUCACCUACACCCUGGGCCGCGACCCUUCAGGGUAUCAGGGCGUGGAGAAGGAGGACGACUGGAAUAACCUACCAUUCUAUCUAGUGCACAAUCCCACCGAGGGCCUUUAUCUGCAGACAACUCGAGAAGUGGAUCACGAGGAGGCCAGUUCCUACCGGCUGAUUCUUAAAGCUACUGACUCCGUAUCGAAGACCUCCCUAGAUGCUCAGACUCCCAAUCGUUAUCGUCGGCCACACACAGCUUCGCUGCCUCUAAAGGUGGUGAUUCAGGACAUCAACGACAAUGAUCCCAAGUUCACUCGACCUGUAUUCAUGCCGUCCCAACCAGUGCUGGAGACAACGCCAGUGGGAACUGUGAUCCUUGAGCUGACUGCUACGGAUGCGGACUCGGGUAACAACGGGGCCUUUCGUUUCUCCUUUGCUCCCACCGCUGGCUGGCUGCCUCAAGUGGCCCUUGCACAUCAUCUGUUCAAUGUGCGGCCUGAUGGCAAGAUAGUUGUUCAAAAUCCUCUGGACGUUGAUCGGCAGUGGAGGAUGCUGGAGGGCGGUGGGUCCAGGAAACCGGACAGUAUGUAUCCCAAGCAGAAGGCAAUGGAAUUCAAUUUUAAAGUCCUGGUGCGGGAUGAGGCAGAGCCUAGUUACGCGCGAUCGAGUGAGGCCCUCGUAAACAUCGUUGUCGUGGAUGAAAAUGAUGAGGCACCCGAAAUAAAGGUGCUGCGAUCGCCUUCGAAGGAGUGCAUUCAGUCCUUGGGCCGAAUUGGGUCUCUACCCGACGGUGGCUUCCAGACGCACCCUGCACAGCCAGCCUACGCAUGCGUCUUUGAGAAUUCCCCAUUGGACACGCUGGUUGUUACACUAAAGGUAACUUGUCUUGUGCGACUGUAUGACACCAGCAUGCAUCGCGAUACAUUUUUUUAUAUCAAUUUCCUACUUGACAUGCAGUAUAGUUUGUACUUGUAUGCGCGAAGAUCAAUGUACACAAUAAUAUUACUAAUGCUAGACCGCAAAUAA